UUCGUACCUUUGCCUUUGACGUUAAUUCGGUUGAAAUCGAACUCAGUCGUGAGAUUGUUUUACGUACGUCGAGUCGUCUUGACGGAGUGCAGACGUUUUUAGGCUGCUACAUAAAAAAUCGAACCUUGAUCUUUUUUUAAAUUAUCUGGUAAAACACAAACGUCAUGGGUGUCCCUGCUGGAAAUGCUGAAAAUGGAAAGAAAAUCUUUGUGCAGAGAUGUGCUCAAUGCCACACUGUUGAAGCUGGCGGCAAACACAAAGUAGGACCCAACCUUCAUGGAUUCUUUGGCCGCAAAACAGGUCAAGCCCCUGGUUUCUCUUACUCAGAAGCCAACAAAGCUAAAGGUAUUGUCUGGGGAGAUGAUACGCUGUUCGAGUACUUGGAAAACCCUAAGAAGUACAUCCCCGGCACUAAAAUGGUGUUCGCGGGACUAAAGAAGGCUAAUGAGCGUGCUGAUCUUAUUGCUUACCUAAAGCAAGCUACUAAGUAAUUUUAAUGACUUUAGGAAAACUAACUUAAAAAGAGGAAUAUUCCAUUAUAUGGAAAAUGCUUCUUAUUUAUUAGCGCAAUCAGUAUCACCCAUUAUAUUUUAUAUUUAUUUUGAGUUAACAAAGUUGUGAUGUUGUUACUCAUGUUCAUAAUCUUAAUAGUUGAAAGAUCGUGUGUUGUAUCUUUGAAUGUAAAUGUAAUUACAUAAUUAUGACAAAAAAUUCUUUGCUGGACAUAAGAAUGCUGUGAGUGAGUUUUGAUGUUAUUAAAUUAUUAAUAGAACAUCCUAUUUAGCUUUUUAUUUAUAGGCGUGUUACCCUAACAUAUUUGAAAUAUAAUUUCAACACUUAUGUUACCAAUAGGCUCAUAGUUGUAAAUAAUUUAUUUACUCGAAAUAAAUUUUAUUUUUUAGAA